CUCACUCUCGAGCCAUCGUCUUCAGCUCGCUCAUUACUGCACACUUGCAUCCUCACACUUGCCCUCCUCCUCCUUCGCUUCUUCUUAUGCCUCCUCCUCGCUUCACUUGAUCUCCAUCUCCAUCUCCAUCUCCAUCUCCAUCUCCUCCCGAUCGAGCUGUAGUACACGUGAAGCUUUUCUUGAUUCGGGUGUAUCCAUGGCGCGGGAUGACGACCCGGCCAAGAAAUUAGCUGUGGAUGGCGGCGUCGCGGCGGCGGCGCGGUGCUGUGACUUCUGCGGCGGCUUGCCGGCGGUGGUGUACUGCCGCGCCGACUCGGCGAGGCUGUGCCUGCCGUGCGACCGCCACGUCCACGCCGCCAACACGGUGUCCACGCGCCACGCCCGUGCGCCGCUCUGCUCCGCCUGCCGCGCCGCGCCCGCCGCCGCCUUCCACCGCGGCGACGGCUUCCUCUGCUCCAGCUGCGACUUCGACGAGAGGCUCCGCCGCGGCAGCAUCGGCGGCGGCGGUGACGAGCUGCCGCUCGACGACCGCGCCGCCGUGGAAGGGUACACGGGUUGCCCGUCGAUCGGGGAGCUCGCGGCGAUCCUCGGUGUCGUCGGCGGCGAUUCCGACAAGCCGGCCGACGACGGCUGGUGGUCCGCGAGCUGGGAGGAGGAGGCGCCACAGGUGCUGAGCCUGGAUGACAUCAUCGUGCCGACCACCUCCUGCCAUGGCCUCCGACCUCUCCUCACACCACCCUCCCCUGAGAAUCAGAGUUCGCCGGACAACGGGGAGCUGGACGGCGAGGUUGUCCGGCAGCUAGGGGAGCUUGCCAGGUCAGAGGCGGCGGCGCAGGCCACCUUUGUAGCCGGCGAUCAGCUGGCUUCAUGGGCAUCACCGGAGUUCACUUCUGGGCAUGGUGAUUUUGGCAUUGAGGCAGCAAGCACUACAGUACCUUCUUGUGAGAAUGAAACAUGGAUCAUGUCAACCGAUUGCACUGACCCUACCGAUGCAAGCAAGACGGACAUCGCACGCGAGGAGGCUCCAGCAAGCUCAUCUGCCGAGCCAUGCCUCUCUUCGCUCGUCGAGAUUUCAGAGAUUUGCCGCAGCAUGAGCUACAGCGGCAGUGGCAUCGACAAUGGCGGCCAUGAUCCAUCAACCCUGGCAAUAAUGCCAACGCAAGCUCUGCCCAAGAAGGGAGUCUAUGACAUCGCCUACCCUGACAGGGGCACGGUGAUUUCGCGCUACAAGGAGAAGAGGAAGAACAGAAGAUUCGACAAGCAGAUCCGGUACGAAUCGCGCAAGGCUCGUGCCGAUGGCAGAUUGAGGAUCAAGGGACGCUUCGCGAAGUCGAACUAGGCAUGAUGAUUUCUUGGUCGGCUUAUCAGUUUCAGUUUCUAGCAUGGGCAAGAGGGACCCUGCUAUACAAUUCCUCUAUUUGCAUGAUGUUAUUAUUGAUGUGUCGGCAGCAUAUGAUUUCCUUGCGUUUUCUUUUCCCAGCUUUGUUUGUGUGGUAGCAUUGUUCAGUAGAAGUAAUAACUACAUUUGAGGAGAGUUGAUCCAAAUCCAACUCUUCUGUCUCGUUGUAGAAAAGGUUCAGUGCUAGAUGUUUGUUGUGUUGCCAUGAUGUUGCUUUGUUCCAAUUCUGAUUUAAGACUCCUACUGGUUAUUGCAGAAAGGUUAUCUAUAGUUGCUUGUCUAA